AUGCCUCCCAAGCGCAAGGCGACUGAUAUUGGUCGAUCCAACAGUACCUCGAAGCGAUCCACGCCAGUCCCUGACAUCACGGAGAUCUCCAGCAGCGACGAAUACUCGGACCAGGAUGAUGUGCCGGAGGAAGGAAACCUGAAAGAGGUCGUCAACAAAUUCUCGCUGGAGUCUUUCAGCAAGCGCAACCAGGUGGAGAAGACCGACCCCCGGUUCGGCUACAAAGACUUGUCCUACCUGCCUCUCAAGCUUGACCACUACAACCGCCCGCUAUGGAUCGAGCCGGUAAAAGGCACGAUCACCCUCGAGAGUUUCUCGCCACUGGCGCCCCAAGCGCAGGAUUUCUUGACCACCAUCGCUGAACCACUUUCCCGGCCAACUCAUCUCCACGAAUACCGCCUCACAGGUCACAGUUUGUAUGCUGCUGUGUCGGUUGGUCUGAAACCACAAGAUAUUGUGGCCUUUUUGGAUCGGUUAUCAAAAACACCCUUACCCGACAGUAUUCGAUCUUUCAUUAUCGAAUUCACUAAAUCCUAUGGAAAGAUCAAGAUGGUUUUGCGGCACAAUCACUACUACGUGGAAACGUCCGAUCCGGAAAUGCUGCAGCGGCUGCUGAAAGAUGAGGUUAUCGGACCGCAAAGAAUUGAAAACCAGGAAGGCAUUAUCGAGCGUGCAGCUCCGAAGAUGGGCGGCCUUGUCAUUCCUGGAACAAAAGAUGCCGCCGGCGUCCGAGAGACUGGUACACAACAAGAAGCGCCUGCGGCGCCCUCUCGGGAUGAUAAUCAAGAGGGCGCUGUGGAUUAUGGUAUUGAUGACGUGGGCGAGGAUGACUCCGAGGAGGCUAUCACAUACAGCUUCGAAAUACCUCCCACGGGCGUCGAGGUUGUUAAAGCCCGAUGCCAGGCGAUCGGCUGUCCCGCUUUGGAGGAGUAUGACUUUCAAGGUGACACGGUGAAUCCCAACCUUGACAUGGACUUGAAACCGGCCGCGCGAAUUCGUUCGUACCAGGAGAAGAGUCUGAGUAAAAUGUUUGGUAACGGCCGAGCCAAGAGUGGAAUCAUUGUUCUCCCUUGUGGUGCCGGUAAGACUUUAGUCGGCAUCACUGCUGCUGCCACAAUCAAGAAAGGCACAAUUGUGCUGUGUACCAGCUCCAUGUCGGUGGUCCAGUGGCGCAAUGAAUUCUUGCGAUGGACCACCAUCGACCCUGGGGACAUAGCUAUCUUCACAUCCGACCACAAGGAGAAAUUCAAGCGGUCCACGGGUAUCAUUGUGUCAACUUAUUCCAUGGUAUCACAGAGUCGAGCGCGGUCUCAUGACGCCCAGAAAAUGAUGGACUGGCUCCAAUCACGAGAAUGGGGUAUGAUGAUUCUUGACGAGGUACACGUCGUGCCGGCUUCGAUGUUCCGUAAAGUCACCUCCGCAAUCGCUGCCCAGAGCAAGCUUGGUCUUACAGCAACCUUGCUUCGUGAGGACGACAAAAUUAAGGAUUUAAACUUCCUGAUCGGGCCCAAGCUGUACGAGGCGAAUUGGAUGGAGCUUGCCGCACAGGGCCAUAUCGCCAAGGUGCAGUGUGCGGAAGUGUGGUGUCCGAUGACUACGGAGUUCUACUCUGAGUACUUGCGCGAAAGCUCACGGAAACAAGCUCUGCUCUACAUCAUGAAUCCUCGCAAGUUCCAAGCUUGUCAGUUCCUGAUCGACUUCCACGAGAAGCGCGGAGACAAGAUCAUUGUUUUCUCCGACAAUGUAUAUGCUCUCGAACGAUAUGCACUGAAACUUAACAAGGCGUACAUUUAUGGUGGAACGCCACAAAACGAGCGAAUGCGUAUUCUGGAGAACUUCCAGCAUAACGAACAAGUCAAUACGAUCUUCCUCUCGAAGAUCGGUGAUACCUCUCUCGACCUGCCCGAGGCGACCUGUCUCAUUCAAAUUUCGUCCCAUUACGGUUCCCGUCGUCAGGAAGCACAGCGGCUAGGCCGGAUUCUCCGUGCGAAGCGUCGUAACGAUGAAGGUUUCAACGCAUUCUUCUACUCCCUUGUGUCGAAGGACACCCAUGAAAUGGUGUACUCCGCCAAGCGACAGGCAUUCCUGAUCGACCAGGGCUACGCCUUCAAGGUCAUCACUCAUUUGCAAGGUAUUGAUCAGUACGAGGGCCUCUCGUAUGCCACCCCUGCAGAACGUCGCGAGCUUCUCCAGGAGGUGAUGCUCCAGAACGAAUCCUCCGCGGACGUGGAGCAAGUCACCGAUGAUCUCUUUUCAAUGCGCUCGGGCCAGCGCACGGGCGCGAAGAGGCCGACAGCUAAGCGCAGCGCCGCGACACUCAGCGGCCUGGCGGGCGGCGAGGAUAUGGCGUACAUUGAGUACAACAAGAGCCGGAACAAACAACUGAAGGAUAAAGCGGGUCACCACCCGCUGUUUAAGAAGAUUGAGCGGGAUCGUCAGCGCCGCAAGAAGGAGCGGGAGUCUGGGAAGGACGCAUAA